GAGCAUUUCGCCCCGUCAACAAAAGCUCAGUCUUGGAGGGGCGUCACCCGUUACAGAGUCACGAGCGCCAAAUUCCAGAAUCUUCCAGAAGCGUCGGGACUCGGGAGAGCCGGAAGCUACCAGCAAUGGCGGAGAAGCUGGCCCCCGAGAAGCGUCACGCCUUCGUCCACAACGAGCAGAAGGUGUUCGAAUGGGACCAGACGCUGGAGGAGGUGAACAUGUACAUCGAGCUCCCCAAGGGCGUGCCCACCAAGCUCUUCUGCUGCACCAUCCAGGCAGGCCACGUCGAGGUCGGCAUCCGCGGCAACCCGCCAUACCUCAACGUCCGUGCUUCUCCCCAUCCUCCCCUUGCGCACGACCUGACGCACCCCGUGAAGACGGACUCGUCGUUCUGGACAAUAGAGGAUGGUGAGAUGCAUAUCACACUGCAAAAAAGAGAGAAGGGGAAGACAUGGUCAUCUCCCAUACAAGGGCAAGGUAUCUUGGACCCAUAUGCGGCAGAUCAAGAGCAAAAACGGCUUAUGCUGCAAAGGUUUCAAGAAGAGAACCCUGGGUUCGACUUUUCGCAGGCUCAGUUCAGUGGAACCUGCCCUGACCCAAGGACCUUCAUGGGAGGAAUACGCUCGGAAUGAAUCUUCCUGGCUGAACCACAUUUUCUCCCUAUGCUCCUGCUGCUACCCCCAGCAUCUUUGUUAGAUGCAGCAGCUAUACUGUAUGAAUCCAUUAUGUAAAUUGGUUGGUGUUUACCCUUCAAAUAAUGAUGAUGACUCUUGUAAGUUCAUCAGCUGACUGGAAGUUCCCAGAAUCGGGCUACCGGUGUAAAUGCUAACUUUUUUUUAGGAUAAAGCUGCCUUCCAUUAAA